UGUCAGAAGAGUCUGACAAUAACAAACGACUGGUGGCCUUAGUGCCCAUGCCCAGUGACCCUCCAUUCAAUACCCGAAGAGCCUACACCAGUGAGGAUGAAGCCUGGAAGUCGUAUUUGGAGAAUCCCCUGACAGCGGCCACCAAGGCCAUGAUGAGCAUUAACGGGGACGAGGACAGCGCGGCUGCCCUGGGCCUGCUGUAUGACUACUACAAGGUUCCUCGAGACAAGAGGCUGCUGUCUGUAAGCAAAGCAAGUGACAGCCAAGAAGACCAGGACAAAAGGAACUGUCUCGGCACCAGUGAAGCCCAGAGUAAUUUGAGCGGAGGAGAAAACCGCGUGCAGGUCCUAAAGACUGUUCCAGUGAACCUUUCCCUAAAUCAAGACCACCUGGAGAAUUCCAAACGGGAACACUAUGGCACGAACAUCCCCGAGAGCCCUGCCAUCGUCCCCGUGUCCGGAAUCACGGUGGUGAAAGCUGAGGAUUUCACACCGGUCUUCAUGGGCCCACCCGUGCACUAUCCCCGGGGAGACGGCGAGGAGCAGCGUGUGGUUAUCUUUGAACAGACUCAGUACGGUGUGCCCUCCAUGGCCAGCCACAGCACCUACCUCAAGGAUGACCAGCGCAGCACCCCGGACAGCACUUACAGCGAGGGCUUCAAAGAUGGAACCACAGAGAAAUUUCGGAGUGCUUCAGUUGGGGCUGAGGAAUACAUGUAUGACCAGACAUCAAGUGGCACGUUUCAGUAUACCCUGGAAGCCACCAAAUCUCUCCGUCAGAAGCAGGGGGAGGGCCCCAUGACCUACCUCAACAAAGGACAGUUUUAUGCCAUAACACUCAGUGAGACCGGAGACAACAAAUGCUUCCGACAUCCAAUCAGCAAAGUCAGGAGCGUGGUGAUGGUGGUCUUCAGCGAAGACAAAAACCGAGACGAACAGCUGAAAUACUGGAAAUACUGGCACUCCCGGCAGCACACAGCAAAGCAGAGGGUCCUCGAUAUCGCUGAUUACAAGGAGAGCUUUAAUACAAUUGGAAACAUUGAAGAGAUUGCAUACAACGCUGUUUCCUUCACCUGGGACGUGAACGAAGAGGCGAAGAUUUUCAUCACCGUCAAUUGCCUGAGUACAGAUUUCUCCUCCCAAAAAGGAGUGAAAGGACUUCCUUUGAUGAUUCAGAUUGAUACAUACAGUUAUAAUAAUCGUAGCAAUAAACCCAUUCAUAGAGCUUAUUGCCAGAUCAAGGUCUUCUGUGACAAAGGAGCAGAAAGAAAAAUCCGAGACGAAGAGAGGAAGCAGAACAGGAAGAAGGGGAAAGGCCAGGCCUCCCAAACCCAGUGCAACAACUCCUCAGAUGGAAAGUUGGCAGCCAUACCUUUACAGAAGAAGAGUGACACCACAUACUUCAAAACGAUGCCUGAUCUCCACUCACAGCCCGUCCUCUUCAUACCCGAUGUUCACUUUGCAAACCUGCAGAGAACAGGACAGGUGUAUUACAACACGGAUGAUGAACGAGAAGGCAGCAGUGUCCUCGUUAAACGGAUGUUCAGGCCCAUGGAGGAGGAGUUUGGUCCAACCCCUUCUAAGCAGAUGAAAGAAGAAGGGAUGAAGCGAGUGCUUUUGUACGUGAGGAAGGAGACUGACGAUGUGUUUGAUGCCUUGAUGUUGAAAUCUCCCACGGUGAAGGGUCUGAUGGAAGCGAUAUCUGAGAAAUAUGGGCUGCCUGUGGAGAAGAUAGCAAAGCUUUACAAGAAAAGCAAAAAAGGCAUCUUGGUGAACAUGGAUGACAACAUCAUCGAGCACUACUCGAAUGAGGACACCUUCAUCCUCAACAUGGAGAGCAUGGUGGAGGGCUUCAAGAUCACGCUCAUGGAAAUCUGAGCACUGGCCUCGGCUCGCCUCGGCGGGAGCCCUUUGCGCACUCCUCCGCGGGGGAGGCGGAGGCCGGACCCCAGCACUGCAGCCCCACCUCGCCCCACCACAACUGCUGUUACACGACUGCGCUGGAGAGCGGGCCAGGCACAGAGCCCCAUUCCUUGGCGGUGUGUUUGGCCCGUCCACCGG